GAAAGCGUUGCUCUGUUCAAACACUGAUGAGGUACCACAAGCACGAGCAGAAUAUCCGGAGACGCACAGUUUCCAACUAUAGACGGAUCGCUAAAAACAAAACCUAGUUUAUUGGCAUUCACAUAGGUCAGUAAACGAAGGCACGGACAAAUCUCUUCAGCUGGGGUGGAAGAGCGACGGCUGUCUAGAAGAAGGAACCAGAGAAAACAGCCAUGACAGAAUACUACCAGAUCUUAGGGGUCCAGAGAAACGCUUCGGCCGAGGACAUUAAAAAAGCGUACAGAAAACUAGCACUAAAGUGGCAUCCAGACAAGAACCCAGACAACAAGGAAGACGCAGAGAGGAAGUUCAAAGAGCUCUCAGAAGCCUAUGAGGUCCUGUCAGACGCAAACAAGAAGAACCAGUAUGACCGGUAUGGUAAAGAAGGCUUGGCUGGAAACGGAGGCAGAGGAGGGCAUUAUCACAACGGUGAUCACUUCAGUGGUGGGUUCACAUUCCGUAACCCCGAGGAUGUCUUCAGGGAAUUCUUCGGAGGUCGAGAUCCAUUUGCCGAUUUCUUCGCAGACGAUGACUUCUUUGGUGGGGGACACAGGCAGCGGGUGGUGAACCAAAGUAGGACCGGAGGUUCCUUCUUCCACGGAUUUGGUGGCUUCCCCCCCUUCGGGGCGGGCUUCCCAGGGUUUGGUUCAGGUGCGCUUCCCCUGCAGCACGGUUUCACCUCCCUGGGACAUAUGGGUGGAGGAGGCUUCGCCUCGUUUUCCUCUUCAUCUUUUGGAGGUGGAGGAGGAAUGUGCUCCCGCUCGGUGUCUACCUCCACCAAGUUCAUUAACGGCAGACAAAUCACCACAAAACGGAUUGUGGAGAACGGCCAGGAGAGGGUGGAGGUGGAGGAAGACGGUCAGUUAAAGUCUCUAACCGUCAACGGUCUGGAAGAUGACAACCGGCAGCAGAACAACCUCCUUGGUCUCCCCUCCCACCAACGCUUCCUGAGGAAUAGCCCACAGAACCCCCCAGAGGAAGACGAAGAGCGCGGACAACAGAGCCUGGGACUCGCCAGAGGACACAUGGACACCAAGAGGAAGAAAUAUCCUUGGAGGCAGGAGGCGGAGCUCAAAAAGAAGAGAACACCUCGAUUGGCUCCUCGAAUCGGUGCCUGGUUCUAAAGCACCACCAUGGCUCCGCCCUUCCCUGUACGUGUCAUCCGGAGGGAAAGAACAUCAGUAGAUUAACACAACUCAGCCGUAGGGUUGCCAAAUUCAGGUUACUCUUCCAAAGAUUCCAGAUUUUGUAGAAAUCCCAGUUGGAUGAUUCCCGGAAUCAAGAGGGAAUAAGCAGGAUAUCCGGAUCCUCCAACCACAGGUUUUCUGGAAAACCUAGGAAUUUUGGGAAAGUUACAGGAAUUUUUCAAACAAUGCCAGCCACCACUGUGCCAGGUCUCCCCUUGUCUAUCAACUUCUCAGUGCAAACAGCAAAUCUCAUUAGCCAUCUUCUAUGCAAGACAUUAGACUUUGUCAAGGUCUGUUUUCUAUCCUCAUGGCUCUGCUGUGUUCUCUACUCAGUUCAACUUUCAUUACCAGUAGAACUGCCAGUAGAGGCCAUAGUUUAUUUAUUUUUGAAGAUGUCAGUAGAGAGGAGCAAUUCUUUUUUUUUUCUGGAUUUUGCAUUCAUCACAAAUGGUAGUACCGGAGGACCUUGGCAUGAGCAUGUGCACAUUCGGUCAUAAUUUGUCUCCUCUGAAUGGAAUUAUACAUUUUUCCUCAAACGUACUUUCUGAAAUAUUUCUAGUUUGUUUUUUAAAGGGGCAAUCAGCAGUAGCUACAUCCAUUUCUGCUCUUAUAAAUGAAUGAUAUGUCCGCAUUGAUUCUUGAAGAAUAUAACUUAUAAAUAAAUACCUCAUGAGCUUAGUUCAACUGUUGUACCCCAUCGGAAGCGAAAGUAUAUGGGCUCUAUUCAAUCUGCAUCGAGGAAGUUGAGCGUCACAGCGUGAUUUGACAUUUUAAAGGCAAUGUUCCCGCUUUCGCAGAGACUGCAUUCCCGGUAAACGCUGCACAUGUCGGCUCAAUCGGAAAUUACCUUUACAUUUCUAUCGCGGAAUCUGUAACGCUUCAGCUUUACAGUUUGAAUAGAGCCCUAAGCUUGUUAAACUCCAAUGUUUGUAAACAAAGCAAAUGUAAACAAACACUACAUAGCCUCAAAACAUGGUUAAAAAUAGUGUUGAUAUCAAGGCUGUUCAAUCCUUGCGUUCAUAGAUCAGUCUGUGAAUUUGAGUGGUUACAUUUCUCCAGCCCCAUCCAUCAGCUUUUUACCAAAACAGGUGCGAGUAGUGGCUUUGUUAUUGUUUCUACUGCUAAUUGCCACUUUUUAAAUGGAUGUGAUGUAGCAGAGUAAAUGUAAUGGAUGUGAAUGGUCUGGAAGAGCCUGUAACAGGAAUCUAAGUGAUGAUGCCAGAGACUCUGAAGGAAAUAAAGGGAUAGGGGAGUCUUUUAAACCUUAAAGGGAUAGUUCGUCCAAGUGAUUUGGGCAAAUUUGGGUGAACUAUCCCUUUUAAAUACCCAUUUGAGGUUAGAGAGACAACUGUCCAGAGACCAGAGAACUUGGCUUAUCUUAAAGGCAAAAGAGCAAAGAAAUAAAGAAGAAUUGCUGAUAAAAAACACACUUAUUGUAAAAAUGGGCUUUAAAAAAUAUUUUUGAUUGAUGUAGAAAUCAUACAACAAUAUACUGUAGGUUUUGUCUGCACUGAGUGAAAUAUUGUCACUGUCUGCACCAAAGAGAACAGUAACACCAAAGUAGCCCUCUCACGUUCUCCCCCUUCUCACGUUCUCCCCCUUCUCACGUUCUCCCCCUUCUCACGUUCUCCCCCUUCUCUUCUUUACAGAAUUACAUUUUUUUUUUAAAUAUUCUUUGAUUUGGUUUAGUUUAUUGUCAAUUUGCUUUUAUUCAUGCCAGGGGAGAUGGAAUGCAUGCGAGUUUCCUUCUCUAUAAACACCCACCAAUAAAGCUUCAUGUCAACCAGAUAUGUGAUGGUUAUGUAGGCACAUUGUUGCUAGGUGGUUGCUGAGGGACAUGUAUCACAUUAUCCUUCAAAAAAGACCGAACGUAUUAGGUUCCCAAGGUAGUGAAAUAAUGGAUGUAAUCUAUUGAAUACCUUUACUCUCAUUAUGAGCCUUUUGAUGGCAUCUGAAAUGUUGCUUUCAAUAUGAUGCAUGGCCUUGUAUUCAUUGUGACACAUGCAUGCUUGUAGCUGUGUAAUUAUGAAGUGUAGGCAUUAAAUAGUGACACGGUCCAAGUGAAAAACAUUUCAGGCGUCACUUGCUUUUCCUGAACAUUUGCAAUUUUAAACAUAUUGAAUGCAUUUCUUCCCAGUCAUUGGCACCCCAAAAAAUGCAUCCAACGUCAAUUCUAUGUUCAGCAACUUUCAGAACUCAAUGAACAUGCACCUCUGGACUUAAAAUAUGACUUAUUUUUUGUUGAAAGUUUAUUCUUCCAGAUUAUUUCAAAGUCUGUACUCUAGGUUGCUUGAAAAAAAAAAAAGUAAUCGGAAUUGGGCAGCAUAAACAAAGCAGAAUAGACCAGUGUCCCAAAUGGCACUCCCUGUAUAGUGCACUUCUUUUGACUAGGGCUCUAUGGGGAAUAUGGUGUAGGGGAUAGUGUGCUGUUUGGGAUGUUACUCUCCUCUUUUAAAACUGCACUCCUUCCUUAAUUGAAAAGACCUCUUCAGAACAGCCCUGGAUUAGGCUGUCAUUGGCAGGGCUGUGAAAGCAGCGACAUUCUCUGUGUGAAUGUCGACAGUGUGUUGUAUUAUUCAUGGGCGAAAAAACAUGCACACGACCUACAGAGUAAUUUGGCCCUUGUUCCUAGGAACCAGUCUCUAAGGGUUUAAUUAAAGUCUUUGGAGGCAGUGGCCCAUCUCCCUCUAUUAAAUGAAAGGCAAACACUCCAUGCAUCCCAAAUUGCACCCUAUUCCCUAUACAGUGCACUACUUUUGACUGGCUCUGGUCAAAAGUAGUGUACUACCCUUUCGUUUAAACACAGCCUUCCUCCCUGAGUUGUGUGUCUGUCCUCCUGACUUAGGAAGACAGUGAGAAGUGUAGUGCCCAUUCAAAAAAGACAAACAUUAUUAUUUUUUCUGGAAGAGAAAAAUGAACAUGGCUCUGAAUUUGGAAGUCAACAACUGGUACUGUAAAUGUAUGGCGAUUUGUUUUUUUUUCUUUCUAUUUUCAUGCUAAAACCAAACAUUUUGUUAUUGUUUAGAGUGAUAGACGUAAAUUCGGUGUCGUUACAUGCAUCAUGUAUAUGGUGUCCAUAUUAGGACAGCCUCUGAAGCUGGUCAUGUCAGCCAAUCACAUGGUUGCCGAUUUGGGUUUGGAGAAGUUAAUAACUAUGAUGGUCAUCAUAAACUCCUGAAUCAAACUUU